GGGGUGAUCCCGGCUCUAUCGUGGGCCGGUUUCCCCCAGGGCAGCCCGGAGGGGGGGUGGAGAAGCAGCCGGUUUCUCUGCCGGCUGAGCCGAGGGUCUGGGUCUGAGAGAACCCAGGAGUCCCGCCUCCCAGCCCCGCCCUAGCCAGGAGGGAACCCAGGCGUCCGGCUGGUGGCCGGUUUCCGGGCUGGGCUCUGUGGCAGCCAAUGGCCAGGCCGGUCCCUCCCCCACAGGCCGCGGCCUCCAAUCCCAGCCCGGAGGGGGCCAGGCCGAGCCGGGCAGGGAUCGGGCUGGUGCCGGCCCGGCCCCGGCAGCACCGCAGGGAGGUGUCUCUGCGGCCUGGUCACAGACACACAACAAGCACCGGUGCUGCCCCAGAAAACUUAUUUCCAGGAUCGUUCGGCUACCUCCCUAACUAACGACACCCAAAGACAUAAUUGUCCCUAACUAGCUAAGGAAGGUCUCAGGCUCCCCGGGGGGACGUGGGACUGACGAUUUGGGGUUCAGACCCCCUUACCGCAGCUGUCCCCGUGGGCUGCCCAGCCCGGGAGCCCCAGGCCAAGGACCCCCCGGUGGCGGGGCCAGCCAUGCCCCCCAACAAGGAGUCGCCAGGUAACCCCAGCUCGCCGGCGGCCCUCAUCUGCCUGCCGCCCAUCUCGGAGGACCUGCAGCUGGUGUGGACCCAGGCGUCCCAGACCAGCGAGCUGGACGGCCACCAGCCGCUGCGCCAGGCCUUCAGCUACUUCCCCUACCCAAGCCUGGCCGAUCUGGCACUGCUUUGUCUGCGCCACGGCCUGCAAUUGGAGAAGGUCAAGGCCUGGUUCAUGGCCCAGCGGCUGCGCUGCGGCAUCAGCUGGAGUGCCGAGGAGAUCGAGGAGACGCGGGCGCGGCUGGCCUGCCGCCAGGACCGCCCGGCCUUCGGGGCCCUACUGGCCCCCGGCGACCCCCUGACGCAAACUGGCAAGGCCCCAGGAGGCAGGGAAGCCCCCGCGGCCACACACCACAAAGCCAAGCCCCAGGAAUCCCCAGGGAGCUGUUCGGCUGCGGCCCACGGGCCCCCAGAGCCAGGGAGAGCUUCCGCGGCCCCCCACCCCAAAGCCAAAGAGACGUUGACGCCGCCCCCCAGCCUUUUCCCCACGCCGCCCCCUCCGUGCCGGGCCUGGACAGAUCCUCCAGCCAGCGCCAGCCACCCGGACACCGCCUGGGACCUCAGCAAACCGUGCCGGCUGGCGGCGGCCAACACUGCGCCGCCCUCCUCCGGAGCCGCCGUCAACGGGGCCGAGGCGUGGGCCCGGCCCGGCCACCCCCACAGCACCCUGGAGGCCCAGCGGCAGCGCAAGAGCCGGCGGAAGAGCAAGGAGCAGCUGGCGGUGCUGAAGUCAUUCUUCCUGCGGUGCCAGUGGGCGCGGCGGGAGGAUUACCAGUGGCUGGAGCGGAUCACCGGCCUGCCGCGGGCAGAGAUCAUCCAGUGGUUUGGGGACACCCGCUACGCCCUCAAGCACGGGCACCUGCGGUGGUUCUGGGAUAACACCGUGCCCCCCACUGCCGCCCUAGAGCCCGGGCCCCGCACGGACACGGGCCCGCUGGAGCGGUACUGGGCCGCCCGGCAGCAGCUGCGCCAGGACGACCUGCCAGCCCUGUGCCGCGAGUCAGGCAUGGGGGCCCAGCAGGUGCUGAACUGGUUCUACUCCCGCUCGCCCGAGCCAGCCGAGGUGGUGGUGUGCCUGGGCGAGGAGCCCGAGGACGAGGACGAGGAGGCCGGGCUCAUGGUGCAGGACGACGGGGAGGAGGAGGAUGACGAGCCGGAGGAAGAGGACCUGGGCACCCAGGAAUGAGGAGCUUCGGAGACUCCCCGGGGAGGGUGGGGGUUGGGGGGAACCGACUCGUGCGCUGGGGCUCUGUUCUGUCUAGUUCCUCCCUCCCUCUGUUCUAGAACCCAGAUCUGGGUCCUGCAUCUAGUUCCCCCUCCCUCUCCGUUCCUGGGCCCCACGUUCCCCCCGCUUCUCCCCAGCUCUAAAACCCGGGUCCUUCUCCCUUUCUGUUCUGGAACUUGAUAUUACGCAGUUCUGCUCCCUAGAUCAUUGUUGUAAUUUGCUCUCCAUGCCUCAAGAUCCAGAUCUGGGUUUGUUUCCCCCCCUCGUCUUGGUGCUCUAGAACAAAGAACUGGUUCUCCUCCCUGUUCUAGAAUCUAGGACCCUGUUUCGCCACCUCUGUGUUCUAGAAUCCCAAUCAUGCCGUGAAACCCUUCCUCUGCUAGAACAGAGGGACACCCCCAAGCUCUGCCACAGGCCCUAGAACUUGGAGCUCUUGACCUAGAACCCAGCUGUCCAGUUCCCUCUAUCAUGCUCUAGACCCCAGAUACCAUUUCACUCCUAGUCCUCUACUCUAGAACCUAGGUUAUCCGGUUACUGGUUUGUGUUCUAGAACCCAGAACCUUCUGACCAGUUGUCUGGAUUCAGGUAUGCUCCCUUCUCCAGACUUCCCCUACCACUCCCCCUCCUUCAGGCACCUCUGUUUCUAGAGUCUGUCCUGGUUCGUCCCUCCCCUCCUUCUAGAUCACGUUAAGGCCCUGUUCCCCAAAGAGACGGGUGGAGGGAGCUGGGUGGGGGCAGCAUUUGGCCUGGAGGGGGUGGGAGAUGGUCUGUGGGGGGCUCCCUGGGUUUGGUUUUACAAACUGGGCAGGAGAAAAUGGGGCGGCGGAGAGCGGGUGCGGGGCGGCCUUUCCCUGGCGGCUGUUGGUCCUUUCUGGAGUCGUUAAUUUAUAAUACCCGGCUGGCGCGAGUUAAAGCGAGGUUUGAAGUUGAA